AUGACAUUUAUUGGCUUACUUUUCCUCUGUAUGCUGAUGAACAUCCUAACAGAUGCCCGAUCAAUCCAGGAUGGAGAUGAUGUCUACCAGAGAUCUGCAGCCUUGCCAUACUGGCCCUUCUCAUCCAAUGAUUUCUGGUCUUAUGUGGAGUAUUUCCGGACCCUGGGAGCCUACAACAGGAUCGAGGAAAUGGCCAGAGCCUUCUUUGCCCAGUUCCCUUUUGGAAGUCACCUUGGCUAUCAUGUGCCCAACCACGAGCACUAACCGCUUCGCAGUUUCAGCGAAUACAUGGCUGCCAGCGCAUGCACCCCGAAUCGCCCCCUCAGCCGCCUUACAGCAGUCAUGGGGGCCAUCUCAUGCUUUAAAGUAGCUUUUGUGUGGAAAAAUUAGUCGCAUGGGGGUGAAAUCAAUAAACUCCUUGAUUCUGC